UCUGUGUGUGGGAAGGAAUUUUCACGGCAAUCAAAUCUCAAGAGACACCAGAGAACACACACGGGUGAGAAGCAAUUCCUGUGUUCUGUAUGUGGGAAAACAUUUGCACAGGCAUCAAAUCUUCAAACUCACCAGAGAACACACACCGGCGAGAAGCCAUUCUUGUGCCCUGUGUGUGGGAAGACAUUUGCAGACUCAUCAACUCUUCAAACUCAUCAGAGAACACACACAGGCGAGAAGCCAUUCCUGUGCCCUGUGUGUGGGAAGACAUUUGCACAGGCAUCAACUCUUCAGCGUCACCAGAAAACACACACGGGCGAGAAGCCAUUCCUGUGCUCUGUGUGUGGGAAGUCAUUUGCACGGUCAUCAACUCUUAACAGACACCAGAGAACACACACGGGUGAGCAGCCAUUCCUGUGCUCUGUGUGUGGGAAAACAUUUGCACACUCAUCACAUCUUCAGAGUCAUCAGAGAACACACACGGGCGAGAAGCCAUUCCUGUGCCCUGUGUGCGGGAAGACAUUUGCACAAUCGACAACUCUUCAAACUCAUCAGAGAACGCACACGGGCGAGAAGCCAUUCCUGUGCCCUGUGUGCGGGAAGACAUUUGCACAAUCGACAACUCUUCAAACUCAUCAGAGAACACACACGGGCGAGAAGCCAUUCCUGUGUCCUGUGUGUGGGAAGACAUUUAAGAGACCGUCCCAUCUCAUUACACACCAGAGAACACACACGGGCGAGAAGCCGUUCCUGUGCUCUGUGUGUGGGAAGGCAUUUGCGCACUCGUCAACUCUUCAAGACCAUCAGAGAACACACACGGGCGAGAAGCCAUUCCUGUGCCCUGUGUGUGGGAAGGCAUUUUCAUGGUCAUCAAGUCUUAAGAGACACCAGAGAACACACACGGGUGAGAAGCCAUUCCUGUGCUCUGUGUGUGGGAAAACAUUUGCACACUCGUCACAUCUUCAGACUCAUCAGAGAACACACACGGGCGAGAAGCCAUUCCUGUGCCCUGUGUGUGGGAAGACAUUUGCAGACUCAUCAACUCUUCAAACUCAUCAGAGAACACACACAGGCGAGAAGCCAUUCCUGUGCCCUGUGUGUGGGAAGGCAUUUGCACAAUCGUCAACUCUUCAAACUCAUCAGAGAACGCACACGGGCGAGAAGCCAUUCCUGUGCCCUGUGUGUGGGAAGACAUUUGCGAAGUCAUCACACCUUCAGAGUCAUCAGAGAACACACACGGUUGAGAAGCCAUUCCUGUGCCCUGUGUGUGGGAAGGCAUUUGCACAGUCGUCAACUCUUCAAGACCAUCAGAGAACACACACGGGGGAGAAGCCAUUCCUGUGCCCUGUGUGUGGGAAGGCAUUUGCACAGUCGUCAACUCUUAAAAGUCAUCAGAGAACACAUACGGGCGAGAAGCCAUUCCUGUGCCAUGUUUGUGGGAAGGCAUUUGCAGACUCAUCAACUCUUCAAACUCAUCAGAGAACACACACGGGCGAUAAGCCAUUCCUGUGCCCUGCGUGUGGGAAGGCAUUUUCACAGUCGUCAACUCUUAACAGGCAUCAGAAGGUC